AUGGAAGCCGCGGCGAAGACGGUCCAGCAGCUCACACAGCGCAUCCUACCCGAGAAACCCCAUCACCUAUCCUACUCCGCAGACUGGCGAUAUCACAUCCCCGCCAACGAGUCCCGACAGAAGCAUCCUGAGGAAUGGGAUAUUACCCGCCUACAAUAUUCGACACUUGUGUCGGAAGCUGAUCGCGGUGUACUCCUUACCAGAUCGUACUACGACAUGCGUGUCGAGCCCCCGAAACCCGUCCCUCGCGACGUGGGUAUCCUCGCAAAGGGCGGCGAGAAGAAAAAGUUGUCACUCAGUGACUACAAGAACAAAAAGACAUCUGGCGUUACCUCGGACACAUCCACGCCAGAGCCACCCAGCGCCAGAAAGCGCGAACAUGAGCGCGCAUCAGAAUCCAAAUCAGUGCCAGAAAUCAGAAAACAUGAUUCACAGCGUCAAAGAGACCACCACCUGGAUGCUAAACCGCAGAAGCCCCGGGAACUCCCUGUUGUUGAUAUGAGGCUCCCUCCGAAGCCACCUGCGUCCCUCCCACCUCGACCCGUAUCACCCGACAGCAGGAAACGUGCAUCUAACGUUGACGACGACCAUCGGUCUCAGAAACGGCCCAGGCCGGAUAUGCCUCGCCCAGUUGACGACCGGUCGCGAUCAGGUCGAGAUGAUCCCCCACGCCGGAAGGACAGAGAGGCUUUGCCGCCUUCUGACAUACCAUCAAGAGACAAGCCAUCAGUCCCAUCUUCGCUUUCAAAUGGACGAGGUGUUCUCAAAGGUACCAAUACCUCUGCUGCUCGUAACCCUUCCCCGGCUGGACGCGCACGUGGUGAUUCAGUCAACGGUGCCCGGCCAGGCGCAUUGGGGAACACAAAAGGUACACCGGCCAAGGCCGAUACUACUUCGCGCUCAUCCGUACCUCCACUGCUCUCGCCUCUUCACUUGAAUCUGGAGAGUCAGAACUCAGCAGAUAAAAAUGAUAGAAGAAGGCCACGCGAUGAGGCUGCAGAUACUAUCAAGUCAACAAAACCAAAGAAGCUUGAAGCACCACCGCCACCACCCAAAGCAAGAAAUGAGUCGGCCCGAGACAAGUCACCUGUGCGAUUGCCUACACUUUUGUCGCCCACGUUGCCAAGCGCUCUGGAGGCUGAGCUGUCGCGAAGAAAGGUUUCUGUGAAGACAAUCGAUUCCAAACUGUACGACGAUCGGGACAAAGACGAGCCAAGCGACAGGCGGAGCGAAGAGCGGCACAAGUCAACGACGGCAAGGAAGGCCCCUGUCGAGCACGAAGAAGAAGACGAGGACGAGAACGAAGAGCCAAGAGAAAAGAGGCGAUUAAUCGUGACGCUAAGAAUAUCCAAGAGAAUGCGACAAACGUUCAGGCGCAUAUUGGCAUUGCCGCCAAAGCGGAGAGAACGUUCGGAGAGCACAGAAGCACAGCCAGUCAGCCAGGCGAAGAAGCGUCCGGCGUCGACAGAGAAUACUGGCGACACGAUAGCUGUCAAGCGCCCUCGGUUGCCGUCGGUUUCUUCGGCCCUGCCUCCUCCGUCAACGCCAUCCAAGAAGGGUGCUGCUAUGUCUCGUGUCAGUUCCAGUAACUCGCAUGCUCAUACGCCUGGAGAUGUUUCUACAGUGACACCUAUGCCCGUUGGAUCUUCAGAUCGUCCUGCCACUAAUGGCACAGAUGUUGGCCGAAGCGACAAAGCCGAUAUCCGGGCCGUCAAUGAGAAACAUACCCGCUUCUCUAAUCUGGGUCGACGACUCAAGCACGAGGGCGACAUUGCGAACCAGCGAUGCAAUAAGCUUGCAAACAGUGGUGAUUCGCGCGGAAGCGACACAAGCCGCAAACAGUACUACGCGCUUGCAGUUGAGAGCACUGUCGCCUUCAUGGCCAGCUUCCACCUUCUAAAUGUGAGCCGCAACAUGCAGCACAAGUCAUCCGACCCAGGCCCUUGGGCUAGCUUGAUCAAGAUGGUCGACUACCUGCAAAAAGAAACUCGACGCGACACGCGGCGAUAUCAACCCAUGUAUGCUCUUGUGUUGAUUUUGCAGGCCAUCACAGUGGAUGAGUUUCUCAAAUCGUUCCCCAACUACGAUCAUAUAUCCAAGGAGGAUAUCUUCGCGCACCAAGCGGUUCGCUACCGAAAUUGGACCACAGUUCGUGACGUCUAUGAAGGAAUAAGUAACUCGCGUCUUCGAGCUGAUAUAACACCCUGGUCGACGGUCGAGGAAGUCUGCCAGGCGUCGAUGCGCGUUAUCCGACAAUGGUGUCAUGAUGAAAAUGUCGAUUGGUCAGCCGAGUUCGACCCCAAAGAGGCCAGCAUACGAGUUGCUCGGCAAUAA